CUGGUCACAGUCUGAGUCAAACUUGAACAUCAUGUUGUCUCUGUGUGUCUUUCUGUCUCUGCUCUCUGUCUUCUCAGUUACAGAGGGGCAAGUCUGUAGUCCAUGUGACCCAGCUCAGUGUGCUCCUCUGCCUGCUGAUGGCUGCCCUGCCGGCUCCGUGCAGGACGCUUGCAGCUGCUGCUCCAUCUGUGCUGCCGCUGAAGGUGAACUGUGCAGCAGGCGCCGCUCACUGGCACGCCGCUGUGGACCUGGUCUGGAAUGUGUCAAAAGCAAUGAGGACAAGAAGAGCAAGCUCGGACUUUGUGUUUGUAAAAGUAACUAUGAAGUUUGUGGAACCAACGGAGUAACCUACCGCAACAGCUGUGCUCUGAAGGCUGCGAGCCGCAAAGCUGAGAGCAGCGGAAAGACAGCAAUCGGUGUCCACAACAAGGGCCGGUGCGCAACAGCCCCCGUCAUCGUCACCCCUCCAGCUGAAGUGUACAAUGUCAGCGGCUCGCAGGUUUACCUGACCUGUGAGGCAGUCGGCGUGCCAACACCUGUGCUCACCUGGAAAAAGGUUAUCAUGGGCAAGAAGAAGAUGGAGCUUCUUCCAGGAGACAGAGAAAACCUGGCGAUCCAGACCAGAGGAGGACCUGAGAAGCACGAAGUUACCGGCUGGGUGCUGAUCUCCCCUCUCACCAAAGAAGAAGAAGGGUCAUAUGAAUGUCAUGCCACCAACUCUCAGGGGGCGGUAUCAGCUUUGGGCACCAUUCAUGUGGUUGAGUCUAUUGAUGACAUCAUUAAGAAAGUGACUAAGGAGGACGAGCUGUGAGGACGACCUGAUGUCCAUCAGUCACCACGUCAUGGUUUUCUUGUGACCCUCUUUUGUUUAUUUUUUUAAUUCUUGAUUAUUACUUUUACUUCUACUUUUUAAUAACCUUUAAAAAGAUACAAAGCACACAAACUGUUUUUCUGUGUUUUUGUUGUUUUUUUAAUUUGAUAUUUUUUUAUUUAAACUGGCAUGAAACUGGUUUUCAUGUUGGUAAGAUGUGAAAAAUAUCAAGUAUAAUCAAUUAGACUGAAUAUUACCACUUACAUAUUUCAUUCCGAAUAUUUUUGCUCCAUUUUACCGGCUGUGCAAAUAAACAGUUGCAGGAAUUGAAAUGAAAUCACAAAGUAUGCCACAAACAACAGAAAAUAAACUUUUUAAAAAGAUAUAUCUGUGUUACUAAAAAAAAGGACCCUCUGAGUUACUGAUGGAGAUUUCAUAAAACAAAUCUGGAACAAACUUGGCAUCAGCUGUAAGAAUAAAGCAUUUUUCAGUCUUUUGUGAA